UAAGUUUUGCUCCAUUCCUUUUAAAGUUUUUUUUUAAUGUUCUUUAUAACAUUUUUGACAGUAUUUCCUUCAAUCAUUGUGACUGCUCUUUUCCACUUCAGAGAAAAAUAUCUAAUGUCUUUUACUGUUUGUUCUGUUUUUAUUCUUUUUUAGUUAUUUUUUACAAGAGUAAAUCUUUCUAUUGGUCGGCAUUGUGAUACAUUUGAUUCAUGUCUCUACAUACAAAAUCGAUUUCAUUCUGUUCCAGCCAGCUUAUGGAUUUUGCAUAUUGUGUUGUUGCCAAAUCUGGCCAAAACAAAGUAUGGCCACCAUGAUUACUGAAAAAGAAAGAUUUAUUUUUUUAAACAUUCUUUAAUAUAAAUUUCAGCACUAAUAUUUUCUUUUGUCACAAACGACAAACUUUUCAAUCCACACUGGCAAAUUGCUAGUCAUACCAGAUAUUUUAAGGCAAACUUUCCAACACUGAUUAAUGUUUGAGAUUCUGGAAGAAGUUUUUCUUCAAACAUUGUUUAACCUGGAAGUGUUGAGAAGUCAGCCUUCAUGUAUAUUUUGUAUUCUGAAACCAAAUAAGAAUUUUUCUUGCAAAUUACAGAAUACAAUUUUUGAGCUUCAGUUUUAUUAUCUUUUCUUUUUCUGCCACUUUAGGAAUAUUUUUGUUUUUUAUAUGAACUCAUACUUGCACACUGCUUGCCUUUUGAACCAUUGAUUAAUUUCUCAUUGUUUUUGCAAUAUCUUUCACUAACAUAUGGUAAUUUUUGGAAAUGACUUUGAUUAUCUUCUGGUUGAGUUGCGAGUUGCAAGAACCAUAUUUUCCACUGGGACCUAGCUUUUAAGAAAUGGACAAUGUCUUAUGAUACAAAUUUACCACUCCAUCUACCAUACUUCGGAGAAAUCUGUAGCUCAAUUGUUAUGAAAUGACUUAUUUUGUCUGGAUUUUCCAUCCAUUUGUCAACAAUUGCUUUUGAUGGUCUAUUUCAUUCAUUGUUUAAAGCACUAUUACAGUUACUUUAAUAAAAUUGAUAAUGGAAUUCUUAUUCUAAUUAUUUGAACUUGUUGCUAUGUCGACAAACAGAAUUAUAAAUAAUAAACAAAGAAGUUAAUAUCUUUUGAAUUUUAAGAUCUGUGAUAGAAAUCCAUAAUUCAUUUGUAAUCAAACAUAUUAUCAACUGUAUUCUUCUGUCAUAUACAAAAUAAAUUAUGGAGUGACAUUUAAUGUGACAACAACAUUCUUUAAUAGAUAAAAGAAAUAUGAAAUCAUAAAAUAUUAAAAUUAUCAUAUUUAAUGGAAAUAUGUUUAAAUACUCCCCUUUUUUUCUUGGAUAACUUUUAUGAAAGAUGAUUUAGAUCCUCUGAAUGAAUAAUAUUUCCUAUCACUAGAUAAAAUGCCUUGAUAUGAGUCACUUUGAAAUGAAUAUCAAUGUUUUUUUCUUAAGUCUGUUUCUUUGAAAUGGAAUAUGAUAUAUUUAUAAAGUUAAUGUAGAGAACUGCUGUUAUUCAUUGUUCAAAAUAUUAGGUGGGAAAAAAAUAUUAGCAAAUGAAAUGGCUGAUUUUUACUUCUUACUUUCAACAUUUAUUUAUUUUAUUUAAAACUUACAUAUUUGAUCAAAAUUGUUUCUGCCAACAUUAAUACACUUUUCCCAAUACAAUAGAAGUGCAUUAGUGCCAGUUUAAUAGAAAUGAGAAUGAGAAGCCAAAAAGCCAUUAAAAGUACUUUUUAUUGCAUCCUCUUGAAGACUUUUCUUGCCAAAAAAUGUCCAAAUGUAUAAAAAAAAAUGAUAGUCUGAUGUCAAAAUGUUUGGAGAAUAAGGUGGGUGGGGAAGAAUUUCAUUUGAAUAUUUUCAUUUUUCUGACAAAUAAUUAAAGAACUACAGACUGCCAAAUGAUGCUUCUUAUCUCUCUCACUGAGUUCAUGUGGUACUCAUUGUCAAGUUUCUUAACUUUCCUUAACAUGUUUAUUCAACCAUUUCUCGACAUCUAAUGUCCAGUAUGUUCAACCUUUCCGCAAUUUCCUAAACAGUCAGAUAAUCUUCAAUUCUGAUUUUUGAGAUCUGUAUUUCCAGAAUGAAAUUUUUUGAACCAAUGCCUUGUGACCUGCUUACUCAUAGAACCUUCACCAAAAGUUUUAUUGGUAUUUCAGGUUGCUUCAGCUACAUUAUGUUCUUACUCAUAAAAGAAAAUUAUUCAAUUUGCUUUUUCCACACCAUCAGAAAAAGUACUCUUAAACUUGUGGAACUCACAAUAUAAAUGAGAUUACCUGUUUAAAUUCACAUAUUAUGUGUGUGCUGUUCCAAUUGCAAACAUACAGCACUGUUCACAUGGAAAAGUUGAACUACAAGGUCAGAAAGUUUAAAUUUUAAAAAACUGCCAUUUCAUUUGCAAUGAUCUAAUAGUUUAUAAUUUGUAGUUUUGUUAGCUAACAUUCAUUAUAAUUAAUAACUUAUACUUUCAAUAUACUUAUGACUUCUAAUGAGAAUGUUAGGAAAAUCACUUUUAAAAAUUCUGAAUUUUUUUAAUAAAUCAAGAAUUUAUAUAAAUUAGUAAACCAUAUUUAAAUUUUCCAUUUUAUUUUUAAUCCAGGUGUAUUCAAUAGUGUAAUGAAUCAAAGUGCUUACAUUCACUUAGGGAAAAUAAUUGUUUCUACAUGAAAGAAACUAGUUCAAAAAAUAGUUUGGAACAAUGCAUAAUAGAAUAUACUCAUAGAACUAACUGACCAACAUCAUUACUAUCUCCAAUUCAUUUGUCUUGCCAAAUGAUGACCUCUGUCAUGAUCUUCCAUUUACCUCUAUUCUCAGUAUAAAAGAACAUAAGAUGUACAAGAUUGUGAACUACAAUGUGCAUCUACGCAAUAUAUAUAGGGGAAAAAGUCCUUGUGUUAUUAGAUGGCAGUAGUCAGAAAAAUCUGGGACAUCUAGCAGCUCAUAUGGAAAGAUUGUCAGAAAAUCAAAACAGCGGAUCAUCGUUAACUUCACAAAAUAAUGAUAAAACUCCAGCGUCGUCUGCAACAGUCGUUGUUACACCAGGAAAUGGUCAGACAGAGAUAAGAACAUCAUCUGCAACAGGAAGAACAAAUGGAACUGUACUCUUCACUUCUCCUACAAACAUUAAACAUGUGGUAACAUCAUCAUCACCUACAACUCAGGCAAUAGCAGUACCCCAGACUGGUGGGUCUGUGUCCAUAGUACACGUUGCCAUACCUAGUCAACCAGUACAGUCAGUCAUACAGCCUAGUCCUAACCAGCACUCGGUCAUACAGGCACCCAGUGGUACCACCGUACAAUCUGUACAGUUAUCAAAGAAUGUCAUACUUUUGAACAAAAUUGGAGGACAAGGAUCUGUAAUUCAAAGUACAGAAGGAGAAAAUAAUGUACAUCCUGUUCAACUCAUACAGACAACUAAAGAAGAUAACGAUAGUGAUGGAAUUGUAGCUUCUUACAUUUCAUCGGAAGAAUCAAGAAAACGUAGAGAAAUCCUUGCAAGGCGACCAUCAUAUCGAAAGAUACUGAGUGAACUAUCAUCUGCAGAGACACAAGGUGCAGUUGCAAGUUUAACAAAUGAUGUUAAAGAAGAGACGACGACGACUAGUGGCUCUGAAACAUCAAGCCAGGAAUCUGACACUGGAAACACAAUAGUUGUCGGUAAUACUCGAUAUCAUACAGCAGCAGGUUUACUGAAAGUGGUUCCAGCAUCGGCAAUACAAUUAUCAACUGGGACUCAAGAAGGUGGUCUGAGCAACCUUCAGACACUUAAUCUUCAAACUAUGACUAAUUCUACAUCAGGGACCACAGGAACAAUCGUCCAGUAUGCCGCUCAGGGUCAAGAUGGACAGUUUUUUGUUCCAGUUACAGUAUCUGCUGCCGAUCUUCAAGCAUAUCAAAUAAGAACAGGGUCGACUGCCUCAGGUCUGCCACAGGGUGUUGUCAUGUCAUCAUCUUCAAACAUCCAGAGCCAGCACCAAAUAGCAGAAGAGGCAUCUAGAAAACGAGAGUUGCGGUUAUUAAAAAAUAGGGAAGCUGCUAAAGAGUGCAGAAGGAAGAAGAAAGAAUAUAUAAAAUGUUUAGAGAAUCGCGUGGCCGUUCUGGAAAACCAGAACAAGGCUCUCAUCGACGAGUUGAAAUCAUUAAAAGAACUAUAUUGUCAGAAAACCGAUUGAACUUGAACGUCAAGCAACUUGUACUUUUUGCACGAGAA